UUUUUUUUUUCUGGGCGGCCAUACACACGCCUUCAGCAGCAGUCCCAGCCUUAGCGAUCCAACCCUUCAUUCAGCUUUUGGAAUCGCCCGUCCCCUAGCAGCUGGCAUGGUAUCAAGACACGCGGAAAUGACAAUGAGACCUGUCAAGCGACGCAGGAUCACCCCGCCACCCUCUGAGGGUGGUGAUGAGGCGUUCAAAACCGGGAUCCAGAAGGCCUUCUUCAAGAAUGCCGCCAGCUGGGACCUGGAGCAGGACUACGAAUCUCGGCCUCGCAAAGGAAAGAAGAAGGAGAAGGAAAGCACCCGUCUGCCCAUCAAGACCGCCGAUGGUCAGAUCCAGCAAGCCCAGGUCGAGGCCGACACGGCGUCGGUGGUGAGCGACGAGGACUGGCUUGACGGCGAGAGCGAGUCCAGGGCCCAGUCUGAGGGUGAGGCCGAGCCCGUUGCCCCCGCGGUCCCCAAGGUCUCGGAGCGGGAGCAGAUCCUAAAGGCAAAGGAGGAGCUCGCCAAGAUCGCCUCUGCCCUCGCCGAAGAUCCCGAGGAGAAUCCGGGGGCGUUCAAAGCUCUAGCCCAGAUCGGCGACUCAAAACUGCCGGCCGUCCAGAAGCUCGCGCUCGCAACCCAGAUGACCGUCUACAAGGAUGUCAUCCCGGGCUACCGCAUCCGCCCCGCCGCAGACGGGCCGGCCGAGAAGCUUUCUAAGGAGGUCCGCAGGGUUCGGUUGUACGAACAGUCGCUGGUAUCUGGAUACCAGGCGUACAUCAAGGAGCUCGCGACGCUAGCAAAGUCCAAGCAGCCGGGUUCGGGUGCCGGUCUGUCCGGCAUCGCCAUCACGUGCGCCUGUACUCUUCUCACCACGGUGCCGCAUUUCAACUUCCGCACUGAUCUGAUCAAGAUCCUGGUUCAGAAGCUCAGCACCAGGAAAGCGGAUGAGUCGUUUCGCAAAUGCCUGCGUGCGUUGGAGACGCUGUUCAAGGACGACGAAGAGGGCAAGCCGGCCAUGGAGGCCGUCUCGGUGCUCUCCAGGAUGAUGAAAGCUCGGAAUUUUCGCGUCGACGAAUCGGUGCUCAACCUGUUCCUGCACCUGCGGCUGCUGUCCGAGUUCUCCGGCAAGGCUUCCCAAGACAAGGUGGACCGGCCGGCGGAGGAACGGAAGCCCAAGGCCAAGCGGGAGUUCCGCACAAAGCGAGAGAGGAAGCUCCUCAAGGAGCAGAAGGCGGUCGAGAAGGACAUGGCCCACGCCGAUGCCAUCGUCAGCCACGAGGAGCGGGACAAGGUGCAGUCUGAGACGCUCAAGCUGGUGUUCGCCACCUACUUCCGCAUAUUGAAACUGAGACUCCCUCACCUGAUGGGAGCAGUGCUCGAGGGCCUGUCCAAAUAUGCGCAUUUGAUCAACCAGGACUUUUUUGGCGACCUCCUGGAAGCCCUGAAGGACCUAAUUCGGGAUACAGAGGCGGGCGGGAGCGAGCCCGGGGACGAGGAUGCGGACGUAGGGGUCGAGGACGACGAUCUAGGGACCAGAAACACGAGCCGAGAAUCUCUGCUCUGCGUGGUCACUGCGUUCGCGCUUCUAGCUGGACAAGAUUCUCACAACAGCCGUAAUGCCCUCCACCUCGAUCUGUCUUUCUUUACUACGCAUCUCUUCCGGAGCUUGUCCGCUCUGUCAACGAGCCCUGAUCUAGAGCUCGGAGCGCGCUCGCUACAUCUACCCGACCCGGACAGCCCAGAGGCCUCGGCAAACAGGUCGAACAAGGUCAACUUGCAGACUACGACUGUGCUGCUGGUCCGCUGCCUGACAGCGGUCCUCCUGCCACCUUGGAACAUCCGGUCCGUGCCGCCGCUGCGGCUGGCCGCCUUCUCCAAGCAGAUCAUGACGGCAUCCUUGCACAUGCCCGAGAAGUCGUGCCAGGCCGCCCUGGCACUGCUCCACGACGUGUCACACACGCACGGCAACAAGAUUGCUGCGCUCUGGAGCACCGAUGAGCGCAAGGGGGAUGGCAAAUACAACCCGCUCAGCGACACAGUGGAGGGGAGCAACCCUUUCGCCACCACCGUCUGGGAAGGCGAGCUGCUACGAAGACACUUCUGCCCGAAGGUCCGGGAGGGCGCAAAGCUGUUGGAGAAGAAUGUGUCUAUCUAGACGUUGAUGAACGAGAGCCCGUUUGGAAUAAUGUCAUUUCUCAGUUGUCACCCUAGCACACAGACAUUUGAUACCCACCAUCCUUCGUUUCAGUCAAGAAAUCAACAUCGCCGUCUUGGCCCUGUGCCGUUCCGCCAUGCUUAAUCCUCCACCCAAGUCUGUCGUGGGGGCGAUGAUGACGAUGACAAGGACACCCAGCACCGAAGCGUUCUAUCUCUAUCGAUCAGUUCUAUCUAUUCGCCCGUCCGAGAGCACUUUAAGAGCCAUUUUGCCUCUUAAAGCCUCUUCGGGCCUUUUUUUUUAUUUUUUAUUUUUUUACACAUAUAGCAGUCCGUAGUAUGAACGACCAAGGAAUCACGUUUCGUCCUUGCUUGCCCCCCAUCCCACGGUGCCCCCCGGGAUGCUUUGCGCUGCGCACAUUUUACCAAGAGGGAAACUUUCACCACGUAAUAAACGGGUCAUUUACGCCUUCCGGGGUCCCUGUGGGGGGGACGGGGGAAGAUUAGGACGAG